UCUAGUACUUUCGUCUUGCACGUUGGCAUGCGGCAUAAAGCGCCCCGGAUUGUAAACACGCGGCUCAAUUCAAAACUUUCCAAGUAUAAAGUGCGCACGUUUUCCUCUGCGGUCAAUUGAUCUUUGAAUUUUACCUUUGGUACAAAGAUUGUCAACUGUUGCUAGAGGUGUCCAAAACAUGGCUGAUAAAUUCAAAAUAGAAAAGAAAGAUACAGUUGGAAGAUACGCGGUCGCAACAUGUGAUCUAAAGCCUAGUGACGUCAUUCUAACGGAGGAGGCGUUCGUGGUCGGACCGAAAGCGACGACGGUGCCGGUGUGUCUGGGAUGUUUUGUGCCUGUCGACUGCUCCUACCUCUGUUCCAAAUGCACUUGGCCGGUCUGCAGUCCCGAAUGUGAGAGCUCACCUUACCAUGCUCCCGAAUGUCAGAUUUUCAGCGCUGCAAACGCCAAAUACCAGGUUCCCGCUGAUUUGUUUGAGUACUCCCCGCAAUUAGACUGCGUGACGCCUUUGCGACUGCUCCUGGCCUCCGAGAGCAACAGCAAGCGGUGGAACGAGGAGGUCAAAGACAUGGAGGCACACAUCGAAGCUAGGAAAAAGACCCCAUACUGGGAAAAUGAACAAACAAAUGUCGUCAAGUUCCUAAGAGAGCGAUGCAAGUUGGAAAGAUUCUCGGAGGAUCUCAUCCACACAGCUUGCGGAAUUUUAGAAGUCAACGCUUUUGAGGUGCGGUCCAGCCAAGGGUACACCGGACGAGGGCUGUUCCCGAAAACUGCUUUGAUGUCUCAUAACUGCGUAUCAAAUACUUGUCAUAGCAUUGUUCCUUCCAAAAAUUACAAGCUUAUUCUCAGAGCAACAGUAGACGUGAAAAAAGGAGAGGAGUUAUUCACAUCUUACACGCAAAGUUUGCUACCAACUAUGGUAAGACGAGAGAACCUCCUAGACAGCAAAUACUUCCACUGCGCAUGUCCACGCUGCUCGGACCCCACGGAGCUUAACACGCACAUGAGUUCACUCAAAUGCACCAAGUGUGAUAAUGGGAUCAUCAUCAGCACCGAUCCUCUGGACGCGGAGGCGGAAUGGACGUGCACUCACUGCCAGUUCAAACUUCGCGGGGAGCAAGUUCGGCGGAUCUACCGGGUGAUCCAGACGGAGAUAGACGGGAUGCCGGGCGAGGAAGGGACACCGGAGCGAAUCGAGGCCAUCGAGAAGCUGCUCAAGCAGUACCGGAGCGUCCUCCACCCCAAGCACGCCUACCUCACCAUCCUCAGGCACUCCCUCUCGGAGCUCUACGGCCGCGCCGAGGGCUACACCUUCGAGGACCUCCCCGACAUCCUCCUCGAGCGAAAGGUCGAGCUCUGCCAGCAGAUCCUCUCCGUCCUCGACGUCAUCGAGCCUGGCUACAGCCGCAUGAGGGGCAUGAUCUUGUACGAGCUGCACGUCCCAAUGAUGCUGUUCGCGCGGAGUCGCUACCAGUACGGCGAGAUCGACGACGCGACCCUGAGGCGGAAGCUGGAGGAGGUGGCCAAGAUCCUGGAGGAGGCGGUGGCCAUCCUCAGCCUGGAGGACCCCACCAUGGGCGAGGGUAUCGUCGCGCAGAUGGCCCAAGAAUCCCUCAGCCAGCUCAGGGCCUCCAUCGCUACCCUCCCGCAACCAUGAUCCAUGGUUCUAUGUUGGAUUUUUGGACUAUCGAUUAAAUUGCAAUAUAAUUACUAUCGGGGCUUCAGAUUACACCCAAUCGGGAUCAACGCAAAACUAAGCUGGGCAAAAAAGAAAAGUUUGUUCCAUGGCUUUAGAGAAUCAUCUUUUUUGAAAGGAGCGUGCGGUUGUAGAAAUUCGUUGGCAUAACACUGCCGUGCUAAGGAAAAAGGUCGUAUGAACCCUCAGGCGUUGCUGAAUUUCCUUCGAUAAAACCCGGAUUUACUGGGAAAAUUGUAAAUGUUUCCCCAAAAUUUUCAGAACAGUUUGUACGCAAUUUAAUCUCAAAUAUCUCAAAAUUUCAUGGAACAAUAAUUGCGUCAAAAAUAUACACUUUAUCAAGGGGAAAUUGAGAACUCUCGAAUGUUCAUACGGGGUUCUUCCUUAGCACGGCAGAACAGCACAUUAACUUUUACUUUAAAUUUAUGGUUACA